AUGGACAUUGAUCUCUGCUUUACCGUCGUUCAGCCGGCGCCCGACGGCUACGAGUCUGCUGUUCCCUUGGUCCUGAUCCACGACGGCGGCGGGACAAGCGUCAACUACUACUACCUGCACUCCCUCGACCGCGCUGUCUACGCCAUCCAAAACCCCAGUUUCUACUCCGGCGAGCCCUGGGAGGACGGCAUUCCCGAGAUGGGAGCGACCUAUGCGCGUCUCAUCCGAUCUCAUGUCCCGGCGGGCCCGAUAUUGCUAGGAGGCUGGUCUCUGGGUGGCAUGAUCUCUCUGGAAAUCGCCAGCAUAUUCUCGAGACAGUCCUCCGAGUUGCGGGUGCUCGGCAUCGUGAUGAUUGACAGCGUGUACCCUCUUGCCCCGAAGCCAGCAGGCCGAACGAUCGUCCCGCACAAGCUGCAGUUUGGAAAAUUUACAAAGCCAGAGACACAACGGCUGUCUUCCAACUGUAUGGCCCAAGCCGUUGAAAUGGCGCAAACCUGGACGAUGCCCGUUUGGCGAGGCUGCACUGACGAAACGGAGUAUAUCCGUCGAGCGGCGUUUGAAAAGGAGCUGUCUCGGAAGAUGAAGACGAACCAUCCCGAGUCUGAAGAGCACAAUGAAAUCCCGAUGAGGGAUCUUGCCGCCUUACCACAGGCAAUCCUCCUCCGUUGCAAUGAGACGGUUCCGGUUUCUACACCAGAAGACCCUACUGCAAUAUGUCGCGUUGACGUGGCUCGCGACUCGGAGAAGCUCGGCUGGGAACAGUACGGCUACGACUUUAUCUCAGCCGUCCUCCAGAUUCCUGGCCAUCAUUUCAAUAUAUUCUCUGAUGAAUAUCUUGAUGAUCUCACAUCCCGAAUCAAAGUGGCUUGCAGGAUGUUAGAAAGAACUAAUAUCUAA